AUGAUGCUUUCAGAGCUAAUUUCAGUGAUUCUGGCCCUGUUUCUCUUUUCCACGGCUGUCGGUAUGUCCCCUUCUCUUUUGAACAAAAUUUAUUUUAGAAUUUAUUUCACUAGUCUAUAGUGAAUAACUGCCUCAGUGAAACUGAAGGGUUCCUUUUCAAGUAUCAGGGUUGGAACAAUUGACAUCAUCACAACUGUUUGUGAAACGUUUGUUCGAUUCACUUGCAGAGGCUGAUACGGAAGAGGACAUUGAACUACGGAUUUUCAAUCGCAACACUACUGCAAUACUAUCCAAAUCUGAUGUCCUCAAAGUACUAAAGAAGGCGAACCUUACAGGGCGCGGUUUUAAAAAGGAAGUUUCUUACCAGACAGUUAAGAGUCCUGGAAGUACAUCCUAUUUCAAGGCAAGCACUGCUAUUAUCCCUUUUGGAACUCAGUGGAUUACCUGUACCUUUCAAACGCCUUUCGUAGUUUAAUUCCUCUAUUUUUCGGGCUUUUCUUAUAUUGCCGAGGUGGCGGUUUAAUUCCAUAUCUGCGGUUCACGUGUUGAUUUUUUAUUUUUUGUUCUUUUUCUAAGGAAUCGUACUUCUAUUACAAAUUUGAAAACUGCUCAAGGAUUCCGGAGAUCAAGGAAGAAUUGGAAACAUUGAUCCCCGGUAAAGUGACUGUUACCCAAUGUAUAACUAUCGACAUCUUCUUUCAGUAAAAAAAAAAACUGUCAGCUCUACCAUCAAUGCAAAUAUAGAGGCGACUACUACAGGUGAGAAAGACAGAAACAAAAACCUAAACCUAGCAAGAACUUAUUACUUUCGUUGCGAUCAGCACUCGUCUUUCUUACGUUGCCUUGGCGCCUGCGGCCGAAAUUUACAUGCAGAGAAAUAUAGAGUAGGCCACAUAUCUUGAAAGACUUAGUCAGUAGUUAAAAUAGUAAUGAUUAGUACUAACAAUUUUCUCGGCGAUUAAUUCUCAGGUGUUUUUGGAAAUGAAGUUGCUAAUCGGUUAAAAACAGAACUGCAAUAUUGGCAUCUGGACGAUAUGGAUAAGUGCAAAGUUGGACUGGAGGUUGUUUUCAAAGGAAACGACAGUGAUCAACGAAACAAACGUCAUCCUCGAGACAAGAAAUCCAAACUAAGUAAAUCGGUAUCAAUAUUCGGCAUUAGAGUCACUGCGACAGUCGAUGUGAAAGGCGCAAAGAAAGGUGCGAUAGCGGGCGCAGCAGCGGGUGGACCUGUAGGCGCAGAAGCAGGUACAGCGACAGGCGCAGUGAUAGGAGCUGCAAAAGGCGUGAUCAAACGCGAAGCUAACCCCACAGUAAGCUCCUCCGGC